CUUCCAUUACCAUUUUCAUGGAUCUCCGCCGGGGACUGCCUCCUAAACCUCCAUCCACCCCUGCCAUCGUUCGCCACCGGAAAACUACUUCCAACAAUAUAAACAACACCGAUCGAUCAUCUUCCUCCACCGACACCGUCGUCGAUCACCGGUCACCGUCUCCUCUUCCAAAAGCCUCCGAUGCAUUACCUCUUCCUCUCUACCUAACAAACGGUAUUUUCUUUACUCUUUUCUUCUGUGUUGCCUACUUCCUCCUUCACCGUUGGCGCGACAAAAUCCGCUCCUCUACGCCUCUUCACGUCGUUACCCUCUCCGAACUUGCCGCUAUCGUCUCCCUCAUUGCCUCCUUUAUCUACCUUCUAGGCUUCUUUGGCAUCGAUUUCGUCCAAUCCUUCAUCGCCACCUCUCGUGUUGACGAGGACAACUUCACUCUCGAAGACGACGUCGAACAUCAUUCUAAACCUAAACCUAGAAUUAUGGAUCCUCUACCGCCGGCUCUUACUCUUAUAUCUGAAAAGGACGAAGAGAUUGUGAAAUCUGUAGUUUCUGGAUCGCUUCCUUCGUAUUCUCUCGAAUCAAAGCUUGGAGAUUGCCGUAGAGCUGCGUCGAUUCGACGGGAGGCGUUAGAGAAAAAAACGGGGAGGUCGUUGUUAGGGUUACCGCUGGAAGGAUUUGAUUACGAUUCGAUAUUGGGGCAGUGUUGUGAGAUGCCUAUUGGUUAUGUUCAGCUCCCUAUUGGAAUUGCUGGGCCUUUGUUGUUGAAUGGUGGUGAGUACAUGGUGCCCAUGGCUACGACGGAGGGGUGUUUGGUUGCUAGCACAAAUAGGGGUUGUAAAGCUAUAUUUGCAUCCGGCGGAGCCACGGCGAUUUUGUUGAAGGAUGGGAUGACGAGAGCGCCUGUCGUGAGGUUUGGGACGGCAGCAAGGAGUGCUCACCUUAAGUUCUUCUUGGAAGAUCCCAUCAAUUUUGAUACAUUGAGCAUCGUUUUUAAUAAAUCGAGCAGAUUUGCUAGGCUUCAAAGCAUUCGAUGCUCAAUUGCUGGGAAAAAUCUAUAUAUCAGAUUUACUUGCAGCACGGGUGAUGCAAUGGGGAUGAACAUGGUGUCUAAGGGCGUCCAAAAUGUUUUAGAUUUUCUUCAAAUUGAUUUUCCAGACAUGGAUGUGAUUGGUAUAUCUGGAAAUUUUUGCUCAGAUAAAAAACCAGCUGCUGUGAACUGGAUUGAAGGGCGUGGAAAGUCUGUUGUUUGUGAGUCAGUCAUCACCGAGGAGGUGGUGAAGAAGGUGCUAAAAACCACAGUGCCUGGCCUUGUAGAGCUUAACAUGCUUAAGAACCUUACUGGUUCAGCUAUUGCAGGUUCUCUUGGUGGCUUCAAUGCCCAUGCUGCCAAUAUUGUUUCAGCAGUCUUUAUAGCCACCGGUCAAGACCCUGCCCAAAACAUCGAGAGCUCUCACUGCAUUACUAUGAUGGAAGCUAUCAAUGGUGGAAAAGACCUACACAUCUCUGUUACCAUGCCUUCCAUCGAGGUUGGAACAGUAGGAGGUGGGACCCAAUUGGCAUCUCAAUCUGCUUGCUUGAAUCUACUUGGAGUGAAGGGUGCAAGCAAAGAGUCCCCAGGGUCAAAUGCAAGGGUGCUGGCAACAAUAGUAGCUGGUGCAGUAUUGGCUGGGGAACUGUCUUUGAUGUCGGCCAUUUCUUCUGGGCAGUUGGUUAAGAGCCACAUGAAAUACAACAGAUCAAACAGGGAUAUGACAGCAAUCGCGUGAUCUUAGUAAAUAACAGCAGCUGGCAGUAGUUGUAAAAAAAGACCGCAACACAAAGCUUACCCACACUGAUCAACGAUUGAAUCAAUCAAAUCAUGUUUGUCAGAUUGGUCCACGUACGUUUUAUGUGUUAGUUAGUUUGUUCGUUUGUCGUAAAAGUGCAAUUCGGAUGUAUUUUCAGAUAGAAUAAGGUACUGGUCAUACUUGUUCCUGUUUUGUUAAUUUGUGUAGUACAACAUGGGACAAGUGUGGAUAAUGAGUUAUUUAAGCCGCUAAUUGACUUGAAAAAAGUAAAAUUUGGUUCAUUGAGUUUGUAAGAUUACAAGCAAAAU